AGCGCAGCAGCCCCAGGACGGGAGGGAAAGAGCGAGUGAGUUGCAAGAGCAGAACCGAGAAACUCCGGGGGAGCCUCCCAAGCGCACCUUCCGCACAUGCAGAGUAUGAAGAAUGACGUCCGACUCUCAACUGAGGUUGCUGCCUCCUUCCGUGAUAAAGCGAGAAGUUGCUAUAGAGCUAAGCCUGGGGCCGGUGACCUUUGAAGAUGUGGCCGUAUAUUUCACGGAAGGCCAGUGGGCUCUGCUGGAUCCGGAUCAGAGGGCCUUGUACAGGGAGGUCAUGGUGGAGAAUUAUGGGAACGUGGCCUCAUUGGGUACGGAACUUGGUUUUCCAUUCGGAUUUCCAGUCAUCAAGCCUGAGCUCAUCUCCCAGCUGGAACAAGGAGAAGUGCCAUGGGUCCCAGAUUUUCCAGGCUUGGAAGGAAUGAAGAAGUCCACUGUCGAGUCAGAUGAGUGUAGGAAACAACUCUCAAGCAUCGUUUGGGAGAGACAUUUCAUUCAGGAAUCACAUCUUCCCAAACAUCAGCAAGUCCGUACAAGAAAGAAAUCCCAUAAAUGCUUGGACUGUGGGAAAUGUUUCGCACAAAAAUCAAAACUUAUGAUCCACCAGAGGAUCCACACAGGAGAGAAACCGUAUAAAUGUCUGGAGUGUGGGAAGCGUUGCACUACCAAAUCUAAUCUCACCAGCCACCAGAGAAUUCACACUGGAGAGAAACCCUGUAAAUGCUUGGACUGUGGGAAGGGCUUUGCUUGGAAAUCACAUCUAAGGAUCCAUCAGAGGUUCCAUACGGGAAGCUCCCCUUAUAAGUGCUUGGAGUGUGGGAGAUAUUUUCGUCAUAAAUCCUCUCUCAUGGAUCACCAGAACAUCCACACAGGAGAGAAACGUCAUAAAUGUUUGGAUUGUGGGAAAUGUUUUGCUUGGAAAUCACAAAUCAGGGACCAUCGGAAAGUCCACACAGGAUUGAAGCUGUAUAAAUGCUUGGAUUGUGGAAAGAGUUUUGCUCAACCCUCAAUCUUUGCAAAACACCAGAGAGUCCACACGGGAGAGAAACCUUAUAAAUGCUUGGAGUGUGGGAAGUGUUUUGGUUAUGCCACAUCGUUUGCUAUACACAGGAGAUUCCACACAGGAGAGAGACCCUAUAAAUGUUUGGAAUGUGGGAAGGGUUUUGCCGAUGGUUCCACCCUUGCAAAACACCAGCGAGCGCACGCAAGAAAGAGAAUCUACAAAUGCUUGGAUUGUGGGAAAUGUUUUGCUCGCAAGUUAUUCUUCUUUAGACACCGGAGAGUCCACGCAGAAAAGAAACCCUUCAGAUGCGCAGAGUGUGGGAAAUGUUUUGCUAGCAGAUCCAAUUUUGCGAGACACCAGAGAGUCCACACAAGGGAGAAGCCAUACAAAUGCUUGGAGUGUGGAAAAUGUUUUGCUGCGAAAUCGCAUCUCACGAGGCACGAGAGAGUUCACACGGGUGAGAAGCCGUACAAAUGUUUACGCUGCGGGAAAUGUUUUGCUGAUUCCUCAGCCUUUGCUAUACACAGGAGAACCCACACUGGCGAGAAGCCCUAUAAAUGCUUGGAGUGUGGGAAGUGUUAUGCUGAUUCCUCAACCUUGGUAAAACACAAGAGAAUCCACACAGGGGAGAGACCCUAUAAAUGCUUGGAAUGUGGCAAGUGUUUUUCUGAGCCCUCAACUUUCUCAAAACACCGGAGAGUCCACACAGGAGAUAGAACUUACAACUGUGUGGAGUGUGGGAAACGUUUUGCUGACAAGUCACACUUUGUGAGACACCAGAGAGUCCACACAGGAGAGAAACCCUACAAAUGCUUGGAGUGUGGGAAGUGUUUUGCUGAUCCCUCACCCUUAGCAAAACACCAGAGAGAGCACCCGGGGGAGAGAACUCACAAGUGCUUGAGAUGCCAGAAAAGCUUUGCUCAAAGUUCAGACCUUAUGAGACAUCAACGAAGCUGCACAGCAGAUAAACCUUAUACAUGCCUGAUGUGUGGCGAUUGUUUUUCUUCGACAUCAGCCCUGAUCAUUCACGAGAGAGCUCAUGUGGAUGAGACCUAUGGAGCAUACUUUUGAGAUAUCAAAAAUGUUCCGCAGCCCUGCACUUCUGCCCAAUGGAGGAGCCGCUCAGGAAAGAAUACCAGACAAAUAGCUUCCACAUUGAGGAAAUGGCUUUGUUUCAAAGGGGAGAGAGCCCUGUUCAUAACAAAAGGAUUUCUGCAAAAGGCACAAGUCUUAGAGAUGCUUGAGGCGUGGCAGAAGAUGGAUUGGACCCAGAGAAGUGAGAGCAGACAGGUGAGGGGGCUUUCCUGGCCCCUUCUCCCAGCUGCAGCCUGUUGUGUCCCUCAAAAGUUGGGACCCUCUGGAAGGGCACGGAGCCCCGGGGGACUGCAAUGGGGCAGGCAGUGACCAGAAUUCAGGGAGGCUGGCUUGUGCAAGCAGAAGUGCCCGUCUGCUGGCGGGAGACAACUUUGGAUCCAAGUUAUCUAUUCAGGAAAAGCCUUGGCUGGGUUUAAAUGAACCAUAAGAACUUAAGAGCCCUGCUAGAUCACACCAAGGGUCUAUCUAGUCCAGCACUCUGUUCACACAGUGGCCAACCAGCUGUUGACCAGGAAUCCACAAGCAGGACAUGAGUGCAACAGCACCCUGCCACCCAUGUUCUCCAUCAACUAGUGUAGACAGGGUCACUGUUUCUGAUACUGGAGGUUGCACUUAGCCAUCAGGACUAGUAGCCAUUGAUAGCCUUCUAUUCCAGGAAUUUAUCCAACCAUAAAUGUAGCAGCCCUUCUGGAGUGGAUAUUUGGAUCAGGAUCCUGUUUUUCUUGACUUCAAGUGGGCCUGCACAGCUGGGAGCUCUUUCUGUUCCUCUUUCUUUGAUGUUCUGAUGCUGUAUUUUAAGCCAGCUUUCCAAAAGACUGUCAUUCUCCAGCGGUGUUGGACUGCAACUCCCAUUGCCCCCUGCCAGUGUAUUGUCUGGGGAUGAUGGGCAUUGUAGCCUGACAUCUGUGGAGGAUGCCAAGCUGGGGGAGUUUGGCUUAUGUUGUUAACAUAAGCCAAACCGUUCAACAACAACCUACACCAGGUGGGUUAGCAUGUUGUGUGAGCCCAGCCGUAUGCAAGAGCAUCCCCUGACCUUUGGCAAUAGCCUAGGAUGGUGUUGCUCAAAGUGAACCGGGCAUGCUGUCAAAGAAAUGCUGUUGAUAUUCUUGUUGCAGCUGGGCCUGCUCUUUUCAGAUGGUCUGCUUUGCUGUAUAUGUGAGUGGGACAAAAGCAGCAACUAGAGUUUUGUGAAUCGCCCAGAGAGCUCCGGCUAUUGGGCAGUAUAGAAAUGUAAUAAAUAAAUAAAUAAA